AUUGGCUGUUUUGGCUUUUGCAGCCAUAUAGAGACUUCAUUUAUGGUUUUAUUUGAUACAAACUUCCAAAAUAUCUUCAACAACAAUAAAUCUUGGAUUCCAUGACAAAUCAGAUCCAUUCGUAAGUUCCAGAGUUAUUUUAUAUCUGAUUACCUCCCCUGAUUGUAAUCAAAAUGGAUUUAUAUCAAUCAAAGAUGGAGUUAGACCAAAUCCAAAAUGCAUCUUCAUCACUGUCAGCAACUAUGGCAACACUGCCCUCAGCAACAGUACCAGAUCCCCUUACACAGUCUCAUACUGAGGCAGGAGUGACCUUGACACCUGCAGUUACUAUGACAGCAACACCCUUGCCAGUUUCUAAUAUUAGUGCGCCAGUCACAACAAAAAUUGGUAUCCUCGCAACACAAGCUUUACCAUCAACUUCACAGAAAUCAACAUUACCAAAUGUUUCCAUGGCAAUGCAACAAACUCCUAAAGUUUCUUUAACAACAUCAGCAACACAUAUGUCAUCAAGGUAUCAACCAAAUCCUGAUCUGUCUAGCUCAAUGGAGCGACGAAGUUCGAAAAGGUCAAUAAAGCGUAAAAGAUUUGAUGAUGAAGUUGUUGAGUCAAGUCUACCCAAACAGGAAAGGCCUACACGAGAUCGAAAAGGUACUGUAUCGGGAACAGUCACUAUAGAGGCAGAGCGUCAGACGAAAGAUGUAGCCAUAGGCAAAAAGGAUGUUGGCACCAUUGUUACUACAACAGAAAGAAAGAAAACACCUGGAAAAGUUUGCAAGACAUCAAGAUCCAGGAACAGGUCAAAGAAACAGAAGCCUAGGCCUCCAGCUCCAGCCUCUGUCAAAGAUCUAGGUCGUUGGAAACCAACAGAUGAUCUUGCUUUGAUAACAGCUGUUCAACAGACUAAUGAUUUAACAGCAGUAUAUCUAGGUGUAAAGUUUUCCUGUAAAUUCACACUGAAAGAGAUACAGGAAAGAUGGUACAGUUUGCUGUAUGACCCAAUCAUCUCAAAAUUAGGUAGACAUAAACAAAGGUUAUCAGUUCAGGCAAUGAAACAGUUUCACCCAGAUGUCCUGGCCUCUGUCCAGGCUAAAGCAUUGUACAGCAAACCUGAGGAGACUUUAUUAGGCAAAAUUACAUCAACAAGUAACCCCAGCCUGGAAACAUUCCAAGAACUGCUGGACAAACAUCCAGAUACAUUUUACCCAACAAGGACGCCAAAAGCUCUGCACAAUCAUUGGUUGCUGAUGAAACAGUACCAUUUAUUACCUGACCAAUCAGUACAGCCAAUGCCACGGGGCGAUCAUGUGCUCAACUUCUCUGAUGCAGAGGACCUACUUACAGAUGAAGAUUUAAAAGAUGCUAAAGAUGACACCAUAGAGCAGGAGUUGUCUGUGGCUGACAGACGAAACAAGCGGGAAAUACGGCAUCUAGAACAAGAGUUACCCAAAUGGCAGGUGCUAGUUGACAGUGUCACAGGAAUCAGUCCACCAGAUUUUGACAACCAGACAUUAGCUGUAUUGAGAGGUAGACUGGUACGAUAUCUCAUGAGAUCCAGAGAGAUAACUUUAGGACGUGCAACAAAAGACAACCAGAUUGAUGUAGACCUUUCUCUAGAAGGACCUGCAUGGAAAAUCUCCCGGCGACAGGGUAUAAUCAAGCUGAGAAGUAAUGGAGACUUUUAUAUAGCAAAUGAAGGAAAGCGGCCAAUAUAUAUAGAUGGGAAACCAAUCCUUACUGGAAAUAAACAAAGAUUGUGCAAUAAUUCUGUUGUAGAGAUCUCUUGUUUACGAUUCAUUUUCCUCAUCAACCAGGACCUGAUUAAUUCAAUACGUACAGACACUCAGAAGAUACCACUUUCAACUUGACACAAAUCCAAGAACAUGACGUUCAUAGUAUUGAACAUCAUCAGAGAAUGAGGAUACUUCCUGUAGCAGUGCAUAUGGAUGUAAUUCGGGAAAUGACAACCAGAAAUGACUUUCAGAGACAAAAUACGAAAUUUCUCUAUAGGACGAUUUCAACUUCUCAACAUAUGCUGAACUGUGCCUGUCUUAAUAAAGUAUUACCUUUGUGUUACGAGAUGCUUACAGAAUGGUGUACUACUAAUGUAGUAUUAUAACAUUUCAAUCUGACUGAAGUACACGAUUUUCAUAAAUAUUAGCCAAUGCCUAGCAUUAAUAGAUGACUUGAACAAAAUCAAGCAAUGUAGUAUUUUGAUUAUAGACAUUUUAUAAAGUGCACAUAAAGGUGUGGAAUUUUAGACACAUUACACGAAUAAAAUGGAAUUAUAGGAAAAGAAGAAA